AUGGCCCCAGCUCCAACCUUGGCUCAGGUCCAGACACUGUACAACGCUACCAAAUCCGCUGCAUCCAAAUUCACCACCUAUAAUUUCCGCACGCAUUUCCUACGCAGGACCGAUGAAGUAUUCAAACCCGUCCUCGCCUCCCUAGAGUCCGGAUCAUCGUCAUCGUCCUCACCUGAAUCCCUGUCCACAUUUUACCAGGAGCACCAAGCCGAGCUGGAAGUUUUGAAGAGAUCAGCCGAGGUCAAUCGCAUGUUCGAAGGACCCAAAUUGGUUGUGGAGCAUCCGAGAAUUAUCACUGGAGGAGGAGGAGCCGGUAUGGAGGCGUCACAAGGAGGAGGAGGGCAACCGUCAUGA